AUGCGUCUUCUUCAUGACAUCGCUCAAGGCAACGCUCACAAUGAAAACGAGGUGAAAAUCAAAAAUUACGCCCCCCAUGGCCCCGAAGGACAAUGGAGCAAGGAACGACUCCGCGCUGUGCAAUGCAGGCCUUCCAUACUGAAUCCCCCGAAUCUUGAGCUGAGGAAUUCGGAACAAGCCCACCCCAUUAAACCGACAGACGACAACGGCGACGACGCCAUUCGACUGACAUGUUCUCCAACAGACUUCCGCAAGGACUGGCAGCGACGGGUUCGCACCCACUUCGACCAGCCCGGAAAGAAGGCCUCGCGCCGUGUUGCCCGUCAGGCCAAGGCUGCUGCUCUGGCUCCUCGCCCCGUCGACAAGCUGCGUCCCAUUGUCCGAUGCCCUACUAUCAAGUACAACCGUAGGGUCCGCGCCGGCCGGGGUUUUACCCUGACUGAGCUCAAGGAGGCUGGCAUUGCCCGACCUUUGGCUCGCACCAUCGGUAUCGCCGUCGACCACCGUCGCCAGAACCUCUCCGAGGAGAGCCUGGCCAUCAACGUGGCCCGUCUCAAGGCCUACAAGGAGCGCUUGAUCUUGCUGCCGCGCAAGUCCAACGCCCCCAAGAAGGGUGACACCAAGACCGACCUCUCCAAGGUCAACAAGGCCACUAGCAUCUCAUCUGUCCUGCCCAUCGCCCCCACCGACAUCGCUGUCAAGGAGAUUAAGAAGAGCGAGAUGCCCAAGCCCAUCGACGGUGGUGCUUACACUGCUCUGCGCAUGGCCCGAAGCAACAAGCGAUACCAGGGUGCUCGUGAGAAGCGUGCUAGAGAUAAGGCGGAGGCCGAGACUGCUAAGAAAUAA